AUGUCUCAGCAACGUAACACUCAGUCGUGGGGCGGUAGCGACCCCUUCAACAACCCGUCUGGCACCCAGGGUCGAGGCCAGGGAAACCAGUUCGACGACUCCGGUCUUGACGACUUGUCUCAGCCCCAGAACACUCAGAGUUCUGACUUCCAAAGUCAGACCGGUCAGCGCGACUGGAAGGGCCAGCAGGGCCAAGGCCAACAAGGCUACGGUGGCCAGCAAGGCUACGGUGGCCAGCAAGGCUACGGUGGCCAGCAAGGCUACGGUGGUCAGCAAGGCUACGGUGGUCAGCAGGGCUCCGACACCCAGUCCGGCCAGGGUUGGCGUGGCGGUGCCGCUGGUCAGAGCGAGGACCUUUCCUCCAGCGGUUACCAGGGCACCACCGCCGGCACCUUUGGUGCUUCAGGCGGCGCCUCUCAGACUGGUGCCGGCGACGACGAUUGGCGUCGCUCUGGUGGUGGCCAGGGUGACCUCGGCAACGACGAUUACACUCAAGGAGGUGCAGGACGCACCAAGGCUUCUAUGGGUGACCGCAUCAAGGGCGAAGCGGAGAAAAUGGCCGGUAAAGUCACUGGCAAUCGCGGCAUGGCUCAGCGCGGACAGGAGCGCAAGACCGGCGAUCCCGAUUAUUAA